UAUUGAAUGCGUCAUGGUGCGUUCACAAGCCCAGCCCCCCUCACUGUAAAUCAGUCAGGGAGCUGCAGUUGUUUGUCUCGCUGGGAUCGAUCAACAGCGCUGAUCGAUACCGGGUAUUUAUAGGAGUCGAAGAGUUUUUCCGGGCACGAGAAACGAAUGCGGAGGGUGUUGAUUCCUCCAUGGACAACCUGGGGAUGGAUGUGACCGGGGGUUCGAGCGCCGCCCUGGUCAUUCUGGCCUUCCUCCAGGCGGACUGUCGCGGCUCAGAGUUCCGGAAGGAGCUGCUCUCUCUGGGCAACGAGUUCCACCUCACCCGGGACAUCAACUGCAACGGCCCCCGGAUCGAGCCCGCGGAGGACGGGGACCUGGAGACCGACGGUCACCUGGCCGAAUGUGUCCGAAUGGAUCUGCGCGAUAUCCAGCCUGUGGUGGGGCCGCAGUGGCAAUGGAACCAUGACGCUCUAGCCGACAUUCAGCAGGUGGCGGAUGAGCUGAGAGAAAUCGCAGACCAGCUCCAGGCAAGGGUCACGGCCCGGGCCACCAGGAACCUGAUGAGGAACACAUCAGACUCCCAGUCUGAGCAGUGGAGAACCCACCUGACCUCGGAGGUAGAGCGGAUAAUGAGGGACGGCACUGGUCUGGAGCAUCUACCUCAGGAGCGGGUCUUCAUGGCCCUCACGCUCACCCUGGUUAAAGGAGUGUGUGAACAGGCCCCACAGCUUCUGAGGAGCCUCUUCAACGCGGCACUGCAGUUCAUCAGCCCCGUCUGGGCCAGGUGACUUCAGAGCUGCCGCCUGACAGGAAGUAACACGUACAUGUGGUGGAGCGAUGACCUGAAAUCUGCUCCUCAUUACCAGUCCAGUGAGAACGGAGCUGUGCAAUCGGAAGUGUAGUCGACACUUUUCAAACUUAUCAAUAGAUUUUUACUGGAAGUGUAAGGAUGAGUUUGUAAAACUUUUUUUUGUUGCUUUCUUUGCUCUGCAUCUUUCUGCCUCUGUUUACUCUUUACUUAAAAGUGUAACUUUUUGUUUAUACUUGAAAUACGUGACUCUUUUUGUAUAGUCAUUCUGCUUUUGUUUUUCUAACUUGAAUUAAUAUACAGUAUUUCUGGGAUUUAAUUUACUUUCAGUCUUAAAAUAACUAGUUUUGAGAUUUUUCUGUUUUCCUUUCAUAAAUGUGAAGUUUGUUAAAAUGAAAUUACACACAUUUUAAUAAAACCACUACAGAAAA